AUGAAAAUCGCCAUAGUAGGAGCCGGACUCGGCGGUCUCACCGCAGCAAUAUGCUUCUCCAAAGCCGGACACGAAGUCGUGGUCUUCGAAAAGCAGCCCGGUCAAUCACCCACAGGCGGCAUCCUCGGGCUCAGACCGAGCGCCCUGCGAGUUCUGUACGAGCAUGGACUGAGAGAGAAGAUCGAGGCGAUCUCACAACCUCUUGGAGAGAGUCAAUUCAAGAUGCUACCGGAUGGGAAGGUGAUGAGGACGAGUGAUUUGCACGAGGAUCAGGUCGCUGGGGAGGGCUUGAUGUUGAUGACUGUAAGGCAGAAGUUGGCGAAGGUGCUGUAUGAAGCGACGAUGGAGUGCGGGGUGGAAGUGAAGUACGGGGUUGCUGUGGAGGAUUUUGAGGAAGAUGAUAAGGAAGUCAAGCUCACCUUCGAGGACGGAUCUACUUACACCGCCGACAUGGUCCUAGCAGCAGACGGCAUCCGCUCACGACUGAGAUCCAAAAUCCUCGCAGAUAUUCCAACAACCGAACACGAUCCUGUCAUUACAGACGCAACCUUUUACGUCUUUCACAUUCCCGCAACUCAAUUGAACGAUUCCAUCAAACAACGCAUGUCCAAAACCAGCGGACCCUGGAUGAGCAUGUCCGCUUGGAUCGGCAAAGACACCUGGGCGAUGAGCGCUUUCGACUCCCUAAACGACUACCUCAACUUGGGUCUCGCGAUCGUCGAGCCCACCAGCCAGACGAGCCUCUGGAACGAAGGCGGCGACGUCAAGUACGUGCAAGACUAUUUCCAGAAUCGAGCAUGUGAAGACGUUCGGGAGUCUCUCAACCUGGCGGAUCACUGCGACCGCUGGCGUCUGGCAUGGAUGCCCGACCUACCUCGCUGGACGAGUCUCAGCGGCCGCGUCGCAUUACUCGGAGAUGCCGCCCACGCGAUCCUCCCGAACGGCGGAGCAGGCAUCACGCUCACGAUGGAGGAUAUCGGAGCUCUCAACUAUCUCUUCCGCCAACAAGGCACUUCAGACAUCCCGAAGACGCUGAGACUCUGGAACAAGGCUUGUAAGCCAAGAUCAGACAAGCUGCGUGAGUUUGGGUGCUUCAAUAUGCGGAGACUGGAGGGGGAUAAAGAGGCUCUGGCGCUCACGCAGAAGGCUAUGCAGGAGGAGGCGGGGAUUGAUCGGAAGGCGGUGGAGCCUGAUAUGAAUGCUCCGUUUAGCAAGUUGGCGUUUUCGAGGUGGCUGUCGGGAUAUGAUCCUGUUGCUGCGGCAGAAGCCGUUCUUCGGAGCGAGAAAUCGUAG